AUGAGCAAAAAAAGACAACAGAAUCAACCCAUCUGUGUGUUUGAUAUACCAAAGGAUCUGCUUGAUCAGUUGGAACUAGUAGAGAAAGACACAGAAGCACUUUGGAGCCUCGCUGCCGAGAAUGACCAACAUACAAACGACAGCAUCAACGCAAAAGCGUUGGAACGCUUGCAAAUCCAGGAAGAGCGUCUUGCAAAUCAGGAUAACGAAUUGACUUGCAACACUUGCGCUACCACCUUUCAAGAUAGAGAAGAGCAACGUCAACAUUUCAGCACAGACUGGCAUAGAUACAACAUCAAACGUAGUGUGGUGUUGGAUGUGAAGCCUGUCACUUUAUCAGAAUUUGAGAUGUUGUUAACGGAUUUCACCGAAAGUAUAUCUGGCUCCGAGAGCGAAGACAGCGACGACGAGGAUGAUACCGAGGGGGACAAGAACGAAAGACGUAUUGACCUAGACUCAAUUGUAGAUAAACAAAAACAGCAACAAGAAGAGCAAGAGAAACUUGCCAACGAAGCCAAGCAAAUUGUUUUGCCCAUGAUGAAAAAGUACUCUGCGCUCACUUGGUUCAAAACACCCAACAAAGGCUCCAACCAUUACGGUGUUUAUCGACAUUUGCUGCAAGACAACACACUAGCACAGCUUCAACGAUCUCAACACAAGGGCAAAAAGCGAACUUGGACUAUUAUUAUGCUGGGAGGUGGUCAUUUCGCAGGAUGCGUCAUUGAUGUGAAUGCGAGCAUAAACGAUGUCAAACUGAUCCAACACAAAACAUUCCAUCGCUAUACAACUCGUCGAAAGCAAGGUGGAUCUCAAUCAGCAAAUGACAAUGCAAAAGGGGCUGCAAAUUCAGCAGGUGCUCAAAUACGUCGCUACAAUGAACAGCUAUUGCAGCAAGAAGUGAGAGCAGUGCUGUCACAAUGGCACCAACACAUUGCCCAAAGUGAAACUGUGCUCGUCCAUGCACCAAGCGGUAAUCGUAAACUAGUGUACAAUUAUGAAGGUGCUGUGUUGGAUACAAGCAAUGUCAAAUCCAUUCCUUUUGCUACCCGUCGACCCACGCUCAGCGAAUUGAAGCGUGUAUUCACUGAAAUGACGACUGUGAAAGAGGUGCAAGUGGAUGAGCAGGCGAUUGAAACGUACAAGCAGAAAUGGAUUGAGAAGGAAAAGAAGGCCAAGGAUUUGCUGGAGAGAUCGACAGUGAACACCAAAAGAGUAGCAACCGUGAAGAAGGACACAAUCAACCCUCAUUUGGAGAAACUGUUGAGUUUGGUGCGACAAAACAAGACAGCUGUGACAUUGGCCUACUUGGAGAAGCAUCUGAAUUUGCCCGUGAAUGGCAUCUUACCUGCAGAAGAGCUCUCUGAUGACGAAGAUUUGUAUCAUUUUCCUACAUUAUUACAUAUUGCAGCUAGCGUGGGUGGAGCAGCUGAUUUGGUAAAAACACUCUUGACUGAGUACGACGCGGAUCCAACCAUUGUCAGCAAUGCAGGAAAGACAGCUUAUGAGGUCAGCAAGGACAAGGAGACUCGAAAUGCUUUCAGAAGAUGUAUGUGUGAUUACCCCGACAAAUGGCAUUGGUUAGAAGAGGGCCGCGUACCAAGUCCGUUGACCGAGAAGCAAGAGCAAGAUCAAUUGGCUAAAGAAAAGAAGAAGCAGGCAAAGGAACAAGAGAAGAAGCGAUUGCUUGAUUUAGAGCGUCAAAAGAUGGAGGCUGCAAGAGAGGCCAAGGAAGAGGAAGCCAGAUUCGAGAAACUGCAGGCUACCAGAGCCAAGAACAACAUGAUGCCUAUUGUUCAGCCUUUAGGAGGUGACUCAGUGAUUAACACAGCCAACAUGACACCUGAGGCUCGCAUGCGUCUUGAGAGAGAGAAGCGUGCCAGGGCGGCAGAAGAGAGAUUGAAAAGAUUCCAGUAA